GCCACCCACCCCCACUCAGCCACCCAACCAGCCAGCCGUUCUGCUUCUCUCACUCUCCUCCUCUCUGCCUCACCACUUUCAUAGUGCAUCUUUUCUCUCAUUUGCAUUUGUUCCGCUUCCUUGUGACUUGUGUGAGUUCAUGUAAAAUAGCUGUGUGUGAAAAUCAGAUUGGAGAGGAGCACCCGGCCUGGAUGAUCAGACUGAAAAUAGCAGGUGCACUGAGGAAUUGGGCUGCUCAGGGUACAAGACUCUCUAAGCUGGAUAAGUGUUACUGAUUCAAAUGAAAAAGCGAGACGGUAAUUAGAGACCUGGCACUAGUACAUCACGACAGCAGCAGUGUUACCAUGGAGACUGGCAAGCCAGGAUGUGCACCAGUGCACAACAACUCCACUGCAGCGCAGACAGAAAAAAGGAUGGACAUCCAGGCCCCGCUGACAGCUGUUUACAUCCACACAAUGCCUGCUCUGCCAGUACAGCCUUAUCCGCAGCUUCCUGCAGCUGCACGGGAACCAGCCAUACUCCAUCUGGCCAUGCCGCCGCUCUACUCCAAGGAGAUGCUUCCCUUUCUGACUCUCCAUAUUGCUGGUGGGCUGCAUUCUCCGCCAGGACUGAGUGUGGCAGCUUCCACUCCAACAGCCAGACCCAAAUCAGCAGGAAAGCAUUUGUGCCCUCACUGUGGACGGGACUGCAUGAAGCCGAGUGUGCUGGAAAAGCAUCUCCGCUGCCACACAGGGGAGCGGCCUUACCCCUGCACCAUUUGUGGAGUUUCUUUUAAGACUCAGAGCAACCUCUACAAACAUAAGCGUACUCAGGCUCAUGCCCGCCUCUCAUCUGAGUCAGAUCAGAGCAGCCUGGGUAGCUUAGACAGCAUGUACAGCUCCAGAGAGACUCAUUCCUCCAGUCUGUCUCUGGAUGAGCACAGCGAGGAGUCGGGCAGCAGGGAGAAGGAUGCCACAAUACCUGUUGCUGAAAUUACCUGUCCAGCCAAUACUACAGAGGUCUUUUCUAUAAAGACACAAGGGUCAGUCUGUGAAAAAAAAGACUUGACCCCUGCAGGUCAAGUCCCAGAUCCAAAUGAAAGUGCAAAGGUAAGAAAAGUUGAGGAAAAACUGCGGAUGAAAAAUGAACAACCUCUUUUGACUGUUGGUCGACAUCUUCCCCUUCGGAGACAGAAGGCCACUCUGUUCUCCAAACAGUGGGACAGCUCUGUAUCCAGAGGAAAAUCAAAGAGCCACGAGAGCACAGACUCAGGCUUCAGUGAAAGCAGCGACCACUACCCGAGCCCUGGCAGUGUUUGGCCUGACCACAGUUUGGAUUCUCUCCCUGAAUCCAAUAAAGAGCAUCUUGAAGAAACCACCAACACACACAUGCCCUCAGAUCCCAGCCAAGGUGCACAGGAGCCUAAAAACACUGCAAAGGAGCAGGAGCAGAAGACACUGGAGGAGCGAAUAUCGAAGCUGAUUUCUGAGAAUACAGCUGUUGUGGAGGACAAACAGCUGGAGAAUGUAAGGCCACGGAAGACAGUUCUUUCAAAGCAGGGUAGCAUUGACCUACCUAUGCCUUACACGUACAAGGACUCUUUUCACUUUGACAUGAGGCUCAGUAAGCCUCCAAACGUUGGGUUACAAAGAAACAGAAAUCCUGGAUUGUACAGCUCUGUGCCCACUCAGCACUCCAUCACCAUGGAGCAUGUCCCCUUAACCCGCAGCAACUCCCUCCCUUUCAACGUCACCCUCCUGCAGCCCGAGGGCAGCAUUCCAUCCUCCUCCUAUCAGGGCAAUGUAACACUUGUUUGCAGGGGAAGCUCCGGCCAGAUCAAUCCAGCAGGUUUUGCAAUCAAGCCUGUGAAACAACAGUCAUCCACCCACCGCCCACUGGUCAGACAGACAGCCGUAGACUGCAACCACGCAACAGACGGUGUCUUCAUGAAUUCCUCUGUGGAGGAGGCAAGCACCGGCAGUCUCAGCUGCGAUGGGGAUGGUGGUGACAUUUGUGGAGAGCCAAGCAACAGAAAGUUCCGGAGGAAGAAAGCACAGAAGUUUGCAUACAACAAGUGGUACAUGUAUGGGGGAGGAACAUUUAAGAAGCUCUACAAUACAGAAAAAGGAGUUGAUAACAAUGUUAAAAAAGGCAGGAAAUGUAUUAACCCAGUACACAAGGCUUUCCAGGGACCACAAAAAAAGUUGUCAACUGAUUAUAAAGAGACAGUUACAUCAAGUUCAACGAGUAGCAGGACAACAGUGUGCCAUCCUGGCUGCCCUCCUACGAAGCUAUCUCUUGUUUCUACUGUGGAUUUUAAUACAAGAACUAGCCAGCUUUAUUCAUCGUGCAGCUCUCUUAAGACUCCAAUCCAGAGAAAUAUGUCUUUGUCCAUACUAUCAUUAUCUUCAACUGGAUCGCUGAUGAGCCAAAAAACAGACAGCAAGAGCAGCGGCGAGGCAGGGACAGACGAAAAAAACACUGAUCCUGUCUCUCAGCUCUGUGAGGCUCAUUUUCCCUCCUAUAUGAAAAAGCAGAGAACUGAUGACAAAAUCAUUUGCCCGCUUCAGAUGAAGGCCACCCCAAACACACUGACUCACCCCACUCCCUCUGUGACUUGCAGUGCACCUCAGCAGGAGACAAAUUUCAGUUAUAUCAACUUCCAGAAACACCAAAAACACACUCAGCUAAAAGGAGCUCUCUUCUCGCCAUGCAUAAUCAAUGCAAAUGCACCGUCAGUUAGCACCCCGCCAGCCACUUCCAUCCCCUCCGAUGCCAAGACCAGCUUCCUGCCGAAGUACCAGCUCAAGUUACCCAAUGCUGCUGAACCUGAUUCAAAUACUUCACCACAUGUUGUGGGUAAACCAAUAGGAACUGAUAGCAGCACUUCCACCUCUCAGGCUCAGCAAACCUCGCCCUCAUUCACAACUCUUGAAAAGAACUUUAGUGAUCCUGUCACAUCACCAUUGAUGCAAGGUUGUGAUUUCACAAAGACAAAUGCUUUUAAUUCCACACAACUUCGCUUACCGUGUACAACCACAACCCAUUGUCAACCUGAAACAUCAAGAUUCAACGAAAAUGUGACAUCUAGUCUACCGGUGGUGCACAGGCAAAUAGCAGCAACCACAAUAACCACAGCAUGCCUAAAAGAUUAUCAGGAAGGAUUAUGCAGCACAUCAACACAGCCUUCGAAAUCUGCACUUGUGCAGUUUCCUGGACCUGUUGCACCUGUGGUUGUGAACUUUCCUCCUAUGCCUAUGACCACAGUGAGAAAUCAAACAUCUGCUGCUGCCAUUAAAACCUUCUCACAAUGUCAACUUAACUCUAACCCUUCUCUGUCACAUUCACAACUCUUGCCAGAACCACACCAGGUACACCCUGUAAACAGAGCACAUUCCAACCUAAACUCGCCAAAAGUAACUUGUAACAUCGUAUCAUAUGACCAGGUGCAACCAGCUGCUCAGAAUGUGUUUCACGUUCACACGGCAGAUCUCCAGAUCUGCCUUCAGAUCAUAUCUGACGAGCAGCUGGCUCUCAUUGAACCACAGAUUGAGCGGCAAGCGGAUAGCAGCCACUCACAGAGACGGGACAUGGAAGCUUUGGACCCUGAAGAGAUCCAAAACAAAGCUCAAAGCACUGUCGCCAAGGGAAAUAACAAUGCGAGAAGUGACCACCGACAGCUGGGAUAUCAGUUGGACAAAAGUGAAUCUUUACCCACACUUAACAUGGAGGGAAUAAAACAUCCACUGUCUGCCCACUUUAGGGAAGCACAGCCAAAUAUCCACACGACAGAACACAGAAAUUCCUGUCAGGCUACAGAAUCAGCUGAAGCUAAGCCUCCUGAAGUUCCAGGCUUUAUGUUACACUCACACAAAUGCAGUCAUGUGAACACAGCCACAGAGGCUCUGAGCUCUGCAGCCGAUGUCAUGUCAACUGCUGCUUCCCUUGAAGGUGGACAGUUAGGGAGGGGCCAAGCUUCAGAGGAGGAACAAGCCCUUUCUCUGAACCACUGUGCUGAGGAGCAACUAUUGCUGGACACGAGUGUCAGUCAAGGUGGAUUGCAACCACUGUCUGGCCAACAAAAGCUCAGAAUGACCUGUCUUUCGCCCAACACAGUAAAUCAGAAAAGCUUGAAAAGUGAACUACUGGGCAAGAAACCCCAUCAUGGAGCCUCAUGUGAUGCUAACAUAAUGAAAGCCAAGUGUGAGGCCUCUGCAUUCAAAAGCAGCAGGUUAGAAAGUGGAGAAGCGCUCCCCUCUCUGCAGGGUAAGCUCAGUCUGGCCUUUGGUGCUGCAUGUGCAAAUGAACUCUCUGGGUCCAUCAAUAAAUGCAAAUCUCCAAGACGGUCGAACCCACAAUCCAUCUGCUACAGUAAUCCCUUAGAACCUAUGUCAUCAGAGACUCUGAAUCCGUCGAAACAUGAAAAGAGGGGCUGUGACAGGGAGGGACCUUCGGACAAUUCUGUCGCUUUACUGGAAAUGACUAUCUGUGAUUCACAGGAUGUAAUCUGUUCAGCCAACUCAGAAAAACAAGUGUCUCUGUUUACUUCAGUGUCUUCUAACAUCCAGGAUGAAAGACCUAAAGACAUACCAGCCGUGCUUCCAAGUAGUCAGAGCACUGCUGCAGGGUUUAUGGAUGGAGACUGCCUGGCGAGAUGUGCAGCCCAGAAGCUGCAGACACGUGGACCUGUAGGUACCCCUGGGCAGUCGGAUAGCAUGGAUUGGAGGCCACAGCUGAGCCAAGAGGCUGGAGAGACAAUCCACCAAAGAAUAGAUGGGCAGGGUGGUGGAGGAGUGAUGAGAGAGGAUGAGGCCAGGGUAAUUAAGAGGGACCAGGCGCCAGGACAGUGGGGCAACACCAGGUCUAACUGCGGAUACACAGUUUUAUCAGAUAUGACAAAGCCAGAGGGAGAAGCUACAGAGGUCAAGGUGGAUUCCUUUAAAAACUCUUGCCUAUCUGAGCACCAUCCUCAGCAUCUUUCCCAGACGCACUCAGGAAUGUCUGAGUAUCCUCCACAGAGCUCUCAGCAAACUCCAAGCACAUCAAAUAACCUUAAUUUAUCAGCCAGCGGCAGUCAGACUAGUCUUUUCAGUUCUCCACAGCCCCCACUGGAAAUGAACAACUUGUAUUUCUCACAACAACACUGGGAAAGCAGCACCACCCAUAACCAACAAACACAGAUCUUAUGGGAAUCAAAUUCAAGUGAACUUAGCAACACACAGGCCCAAUUCAAAGAAACACAAAGUGUUUUUUCACAAGUUGAGUCCAGCCCUCAGCUCACAACAUUUUCACACCAGGACCAAAAGCAGCAAGGAAAUACUGAAGGUAACAAAAGCCCGGCAUUAUGCCAUGACACAUUAGAAACUCACAAAAACCCAAGGCUCUCGCCUGAUAUCAAAACACCAUCCACCACACAGCACUGCCAAGUUUCUCGUUCUCUUCAAGUUGGUAGAGCGUCUGCUGGAUGGACGGGAAACACCCAGGCGUCAAACACCAAUAUACUGGGUAAUAAUAUUGGGGCCCCAUUAAAUCCCUUUACAUACCCAGAGCCCGAGCAGGACAACAAGGAUCUAGCACCGGAUGAUUACAUGACGCACAGCAGUAACUCUGGGAGACCUGACAUUACCAACAAAUACCAGCCUUUAUUCUUGGCUGGUCAGCUUCAAGGGUACCAACCAGCUGAGAGCCUGACUAGUGGAUUGAGGCCUGUGCAAAGCUGCCAGGACUAUCGAGAAGAAACCAGCAGUAGUGACGAUGAAGGGAAGCUUAUCAUUGAGCUUUAGGGGAAAUGUGAGCCUAUGGAAUGCCAUUUGAAUUUAUAUUUGCAGUAGAUUCAUAUAUUUUUCCAUAGCAAAAUUGACUCGGAAGCAGAGAUAAUAUCAAUGGCUGAGUUGACUGAGUUAAAUAAAAUAAAUAAAAAUAUUAACCCUAACCCAAAACGAAAAAAAUACUUAUUGUUAUUCAAGUUGUUUGACUUCAAUAUAUUUACCCCACUACAAAUAAUACACUUAAAGGUCAGUGGGCACCUCUGCUGCAUUCAUAUUUGAGUGUAAUUAAAAUUGGCCAAGUGAGAAAAACUGCUGGCGUAAAGAAUGUCAGGUACAACAUCUACUACAUGGCAAAAACCAUCAGAGAAGUCAAUAAACCAGUCACAAAAAAGCUGCACAGUCACUAUUUGGGGCAGCUGUGGCUCAGGAGAUAGGGAUGGUCAUCCACCAACCUAAAGGUUGGUGGUUCGAUCCCUGAUUCCCCCAGUCUGCGUGCCGAUGUGUCCUUGGGCAAGACGCCAAACCCUAAAUUUCCUCGGAUGCUACUUCCGGCAGCAUAUGAAUGUGACAUAUAAAGUCUGGUAUAGCCUGGCAUAUACACUCAAAUGUGUAUUAGUCCAAGAAAUAUCCAAGAGGCGUUACCAACGGACGCAGACCAGACUGCCUCCAGAUGCAAUCAGAUCGAUGAAUCAUGUGACGUCUCUUGAGUGACGCGAAAAUGUCAACAGACAGCAGAGCAGAGAGGAGAUGCCUGUGAUGAUGAUUCCACAAUGUCUAUGAAUGAGUGUUGCCGUUUUUGUUGGAGAAUUUUGAAAUGAUAUGAUACUUUUAAUCAAAUGCUAGUUCAUUAGUGUCAUGCCUUGGUUGUUUACAAAAGUGUCUUCUCUCUGCGUCAUGGUACUAACCCCGCCCAUUACCAGAUAAUCGGUAAUGGGCGGGGUUAGUACCAUGAUAAACUGGUUUAUUGACUUCUCUGAUGGUUUUUGCCAUGUAGUAGAUGUUGUACCUGACAUUCUUUACGCAAGAUUUCUGCUGGUGCGAAAUCACUUUCCAAUGGAGGGGAUCCAGACCAUAGUCUGGCAGAGCAAAUGAAAAGAGCUCCCUGAAUUCGUCUGGAUCCCAGGCUACCCCUAAAUAUUAGCACUGCAUAAAUGUGUGUUGAUGGGUGAAUGUGACUUUUGCUAAAGCACUUUAAGUGGUCAAUAAACUAGAAAAGUGUUAUAUAAAUACAGUCCAUUUACCAUUUCUGGCCCCACGCUUGCUAGAAGAACAUUUAUCAAAACAGAAAAGUGUCAAUGACAUGUAAGCUGCUUCCCAAUUCAGGGACCGCCCCUUACUGAGGAUGAAGCCUACACUGCCAAUGGAGGCCAUUGCCUUUGUCGUCCACGUAGACCUCGACGGCCGAACCAAAAUGAAAAAUACUGUUAAAAGUAAUUUACAUGUGCAGUGGUUUGGAUUGGAUAAAAAUAUGACCUAUAAGUACAGUGUUGUAUGGAUGUGGAGUAAAAUAUAAGUAAUAAAUAUGAAACAUAAAUACACAUAAAUAUAUAUACACACAAACAUAUAUAUGUACACAUAUACAUAUACACUACCAUACAUACAGAAAAAGACAGACAUUAAAUAUCUAGCUAUUGUUCAUUGAACAGUUUUUUUUCUUCUUUCUUUAAACCAGUCCAGUUUUAUAAAGUGAAACAAAACACAACAAUGUUACUCAGUUUUCCUUCACGCCAACGUCAGGUUUGUAUAAUCAACUUUUUCACAACUUGUCGUAUGUUCACGUUCGAUAUAUGGAUUUAAAAUGAGAUACAUAUUACCAAUAAAAUCACCACAGUCAAAUGACACAUAAGUCUACCUUUGAACCUCCUAAAGUAGAGAAUGUAGGUUUUGAGAGCUUUUGUUUCAAAGGAUGUAUGAAACAGAAGCAGUAAAAUACAGCAUCUCCAAAAAUCAUCAUGUUACAUGAUAUUUUUAACAAUUUUUAAGGCCCUCUGCUUUUCUAAACAUGUGUACCCUUAGCUACACAUUAAAUUUAGAUAUAAUUGAAGGCUGAUACAUUUAAAAGUGUAUUCUCCGUUCACCUUAUCAUUGGUCAUCAUUAUCUCCCUUCUAAAACUAGGUUGGGUCUGAAAGGUUUUUGUCCUGCACUAAUUGUCUGUUAACAUGUGAUAACAUCAAUACAUGAAAUGAAAUUUUUCAUUUAAGAAUAACACACUAUCACUUGAAAACAGCAUAGCUAUUUGUCUGUUAGCAGUGACUGCUGGCUUCAGGUCUUUGCUGCAUGGCCACACAAGUGUUGACAGAAAUCUUGUGGCCCUUUCUGCUAUUUAACCCAACAGAUGCGAUUACUUCUUUCCCCAGAAAUGCUGUGGGACUUCAGUUCGGCUGACACACAUGCUUACACACAUCUGUCAUUAGUUGUGUCUGCCUUCCCACACUCACUCACUCUCUCAAUAAUUGUAGUCUGUCACACUCUCUAGCCUUCGCACCUGUGUGUGUGAUUCAUGUUCACGUGCUGCCAGAUACCCAUCAAGUGGAUCUCAGCUGCCAAUCAGAUCAACCAGGCAUUGGCUGGAAUGGCAUGACCCCUUUCCCAGUCUGGGUUUUGUAAUGAGUCAGCAGCUAUGACAAGACACCGGAGCUCAUGUAACAGGAAAUGGGCGGAUGUGAACAUUUCUGUACAUAAAUCCACAGGUAUGACUCAUCUUCACUCCUCAGCCCAUUAGUGGCCAUAAAACCUUUUGGACUUGAGAUAGUGCUGAAUGAGGUUUUUGUCGGGUGAAGUUGUUCAGGCCUGUUGAUAUGUUAUAAUGUAAUCAUAACUGACAAAGCAAAUGUAGAAAAAUAAGAGGUAGGCUACAUUAAACUGUACUCUUAACCAUUUUAUUUUAUGUCAUUUUAGUUUUUGCCAAAGACCUUUCGCUGUUAUUUCUAUGGAAAUCAAGCCAGUCAACUACACGAAUGACAGUGGUUUAUUGUUGAAUCUCUUAGUAAAACACAACACAUUGUUUACGGGUUGUUCAAAUUGUCCCAGAAUCUAAAACUGAAUUGAUGUAAGCUGUACUGUAUUGACAGCUUACUUACAACUUCAACUUGUUGUUAGCGGUGCAUGCAAGCUCAGUGAUUGGAUGUUUUUCUUCAACGUUACUUUUAUCAAAUAAACACAUAUUUUCCAGUGCAGUUUUUCAUCUUUUGUACUGAUGAUUCAAUCAGGUCACACUGAUCAAAGUUGAAGAAGUCCUCCAACUUGUAAGAUGUAACAUUGUCUUUUACUUCCAGAAAACAAUGUGCAUGAUGAAUAAAUCCAUCACUUUA